AAUCGGCCAGUGCCGUGCACAGACGAAGGAACUUAACUUCUCUGUGACUGACUGAGUGUGUGUACGCGUGUGUGUGUGUGUGUCUAUCUGUGUGUGGGAAAGUAAACAGUUCAGGAUAUUUCCGUCCGUCCGAGCCCCGGUGACCCGUCAGUUGGCUUGCCUGGCCGGCUGCAGAGAAGGUGCCCCUGAAGAGGAUGAGGCGGAACGGGAGGACGCUGGUCAGCCUCAUAGCGUGAAGUAGCCCUCGGGAGGAGGGUUUGGGAUUAAAAGCCUGUCCAGGGAGGCUCGGAGCGCUCGAGACCAGCUGCUUUGGGAAGCACUGCAGCACACAAGGAGAGCACAUGUCCACCUCAGCCUCACAGCAGCAGUCCAGGCCAUCUGAGGAGGAGGAGGACGAGGAGGAAGAACAAGGCGAGAAGUUUGAGUUUGAGGACAGCGAUGGCGAGGAGGAGCAGGGGAGCUCUGUAAUACCGUCCCCAGGGGCUGAGGCACCAGCUGGCACAAUGAAGGCGGACGUGGGCGCCACCAAGGACAGCACACCUGGUGCUGCAGCAGUCGUGGAAACUCACCUCCCACAGCCGGACACAGAAGCCGAGAGAGGCUCAGCAGCGAAGUCGACCCAGGAGAUCACCGCCGCAGCCGCUGUGGUUCAGGAGAGCACCAAUGCUCAGGGUGAAACCUGUACGCCUCCUCAUACAGAUGCGCCUGCCGCAGAGAGACAAACACGCGACUCGGCUCAGUCGGGCCCCAGUGCUGCAGGGCUCUCAGUAGGAGAGGAGCUCCACGCUGCUGCUGAAGAGGCUGCUGAAGAGGCUGGAUCCUCACAGACGCUGCCCAGUGCGGGGGACCUCGGUCGGGACGACUCCACGCAGGCAAGGCCCGCUGAACAGGAGGCAACCGCUCAAGGUGAGGCUGGAGAGGAGGAAGAGUCUCAGGCUGAGAGUCCUGAGGUCAUUUAUGAUGACGUCCCCUGUGAGGCGGCCUUCUCUGGGGAGGAAGGCGAUAUGAUUUAUGAGGACGUCCAAAGGGAGGAAGGCCUGCAGGGACCGAACGGCUGGAGCUCCAGUGAGUUUGAGAGCUACGACGAGCAGUCAGACGCCGAGAGCAAGGCGCCCGCCCGUAGCAAGCUUUCCCCUGACGUGCGUCGGCUGCGGGAGCGCUGUGCCAGGACGAGGCGGGAGCUGGCCUCCAGACUGGGGGGGAAGCACUAUGACGUGAAGGUGCAGCAGCUGAUGAGGGCUGCCCGGAGUGGAACCAAGGAUGGGCUGGAGAAGACCAAGAUAGCCGUCAUGAGGAGGGUCUCCUUCCUGCACCGGAAGGACCACGCGGAGGAUGCCGAAGAUGAUGCAGGGUACUUGGAUGUAACCGUGUCAGAGGCAAAGCAUCCUCCUCCACAACUGGGUCCUAUGCCAGAUGGACUCAACAGCCACCAGAUCGUUCGCCGCCACAUCCUCGGCUCAAUCGUCCAGAGCGAGAGAAGCUACCUGGAGUCCCUGAAGAGAAUCCUUCAGGAGUACCAGCGCCCCCUGCUGGAGGCCGAGCCCCGUAUCCUGAGCCCGCGCAAGAUCCGGCCCAUCUUCUACCGCGUGCGCGAGAUCACCCAGUGCCACUCCAUGUUCCAGAUCGCCCUGGCCUCGCGCGUGGCAGAUUGGGACGCCUGCGAGAAGAUCGGUGACCUCUUCGUUGCUUCAUUCUCCAAGUCCAUGGUGGUGGAUGUGUACAGUGACUAUGUGAACAACUUCACCAAUGCCAUGGCUCUCAUCAAGAAGGCCUGCAUGUCCAAACCCGCCUUUCUGGAGUUCCUGAAGAGGAAACAGGCUUCCAGCACUGACCGCAUCACCCUGUACGGCCUGAUGGUGAAGCCCAUCCAGCGCUUCCCCCAGUUCAUCCUCCUACUCCAGGACAUGCUGAAGAACACGCCGAAGGGCCAUGUGGACCGGCUCCCGCUGCAGCUGGCCCUGACCGAGCUGGAGACGCUGGCGGAGAAGCUGAACGAGCAGAAGCGCGUGGCCGACCAGAUCACCGAAACCCAGCAGCUAGCACGCAGCAUCAGCGACCGCUCCCUCAGCAAGGUGCUGAAUACGGAGCAGAGCUCCCUGAUCCUGUGUGAGACGCUGGUGGAGACGGUGUACGGGGAGAGGGGGCAGGUCAUCAAGUCCAAGGAGCGCAAGGUCUUCCUCUUCAGCGACAAGCUCAUCUGUGCCAAUCUCAACGUCAAGGGGCCCCCUGACAUCAGCAGCCUGGUGCCCGUGGGGCCCAAGUACACCAUGAAAUGGAGCGCCCCCCUGCUGCAGGUGCAGGUGGUGGAGGUGGGCCAGGAGUGCUCCCAGGACACCCUCUUCCAGCCCAGCGGGUCCAAGCGCCCGGGAGGUGCCAGCGCCACAGGGAAAGUAGUGCUGGGACCUCCAAAGCUGUUCCAAGAGCUGCAGGAGCUGCAACACGAUCUGGCCGUGGUGGAGCAGGUCACGCUGCUGGUGGGAACGCUGCAGGGAACAUAUCAGAACCUGAACACGACGGUGGCUCAGGAUUGGUGCUUGGCUCUUCAGAGGCUCAUCCGCAUCAAAGAGGACCAGAUCCAGAGUGCCAACAAGUGCCGCCUCCGUCUGCAGGUGCCCGGCCGACCUGACAAGUCAGGUCGACCUGUCAGCUUCAUGGUGGUGCUCAACACUCCCAGCCCCCUCAGCAAGAUCUCCUGGGUGAACCGGCUGCAUUUGGCAAAGAUAGCACAGAGGGAGGAAAACACUCCUGGCUGGCACUGCGAAGAAGAUGACGAACGAAGCCGGGCUCCCUUCUGGUGUCCACUCCUGGCCUGCCGCGUGCCUGUCUUCCCCGUCAAAGCUCCCGAGCGCAAGCUGGGAGCUGCUCUUCACAACCCAGUGCAGUGUGCUCUGCUGGGCUUCUCUGCGGCCAGCACCUCCCUUCCCCAGGGCUACCUAUGGGUGGCCAGCGGUGGCGACUCCAGCCAGGGCCAGGUGGAGAUCUUCUCCCUGAACCGGCCCACGCCGCGGGCCGUGAAGACCUUCCAGGUGGGCGCCCCGGUCCUCUGCCUAGAGUACGUUCCAGAGCCCGCCCCUCCAGAGGAGAUGGAUGCCGAGGACCAGAGGAGCCCGGUGGGCAUAGGCAACACGAUCUGUGCCGGCCUGGACGAUGGCAGCAUCCUGGUGUACGGCAGUGUGGACACGGCCGCCCAGUGUCUCCUGACCUUCCGCAACCCUGUGGGCUGCCCUGUCCUGUGUCUCAAGCACUCGGCCAACUGCCUGUUCGCUGGGCUAAGGGACGGCACAGUGCUGGUGUACCAGCGCCACAAUGGAGGUGAAUUAUGGGAUCCCGCGUCUUGCAGGAAAGUGAGCGUCGGACCAAACCCUGUGAGGACGCUGCUGGCCCUGGAGGACUGUGUGUGGGCCAGCUGUGGCAACUCGGUAUCUGUGAUCGACUGCUCUAGCCUCGCUACUAAGAGGGUGGAGGUGCACCAGGACCCGAUGGUCAGCGUGGGGCACAUGGUGCGGGCCGGCGGUGGCGUGUGGAUGGCCUUCUCCGAGGGCUCCUCCAUCCGCCUGUUCCACACGGAGACCCUGGAGCACCUGCAGGAGAUCAACAUCUCCACUCGCUCGGGAUUCCACCACCCAAGUCAGAGGAGUAUGCGUGUCACAAGCCUACUGGUGUGCCAGGGACUGCUGUGGGUUGGUACGGCCUCUGGCAUCAUCGUAACCCUGCCAGUGCCCAAGUUGGAGGGCAUUCCAAAAAUUACAGGUAAGGGAAUGACGUCCCUUAAUGCCCACUGCGGGCCAGUAGACUUCCUGGUGGCCACGUCCAGCACUCUGUCCCCGGACCUGCUCAAGAGGGACUCGGUGUGCGACGGGCCCGACUCGGCCUUCGGCGGCGAGGACCGCAGCGACUCCUCCUCCCAGGAGUCCCUGCAACAGCUGGCCGGUCAGCCCCCGGGGGCGCCCUCGUCGCACGGCAACGUCGCGGCCGACCUGAGCAAGGCCAAGGGCCGCGGCGUGCUGCUGCAGUACCGCGUCCGCUCCACGUCCGGCCUGCCGGGCCGCCCGCUGACGGCGCGCCCGGGCGACGAGGCGUCCGACUCCUCGCUGGAGUCGCUGGAGCACAGCCUGGAGGACGGCUCCAUCUACGAGCUCAGCGACGACCCGGACAUGUGGGUGCGCGGCCGGACGUGCGAGCGCGACGGCGGCCGCCGCGACAGGGUCAGCUCCGUGGCCGUGGUGUCCGGGGGCCGGGGCCUGCGGCGGCUCCGCGAGGGCGAGACGGUGCCGGCGCGCGGGGAGGAGUCGCCCGACAGCAGCCUGAUGAUCUGGCAGCUGCCUCUGACUGUCUGAGCGAGCGGGCGCCGGGCGUUUCUCGCUUAGCACGCGCCCCGCUUAACGAAUGCCGACCGCACGAGAGAACUGCUGCUGGUCUCGGCACGGGGCUCGGACACGACGAGACUCGACGCCUUGUCACAACUCAGAAAGUGACAGAGAUGCGAGGCGACAGAAUGUGUCGUGACACCUUCACAGAGUUUCGAGGCUUCUCUUCCGUGCUCUGCUUUGUGCCUGGCUCAUGGUGGAAACCCGCUGCUGCUCUUUGAGGGGCUCAGACAACCCUGUCUGGUAACUGCUACCUGCCUCACUUCCGGAUUGAUGAAUGGCAUGUGCUUGAAUCUGUACCCUUGUUGUGUUCCCCAUCCCUGUGUAGGUACAGUAUACUUUCAGGAAGUCCAGAUUCACCAGAGAACGACAACUGGCAGCCUUCCUCGCUCUCGUGUUCCCCAGAGCUCCAAACAGUCUCGUCCACAAGAAGCACAGCUGAAACACAGCCCUCUCCAGCGGGCUUAGCCAAUAAUACCACUGAUUCCUCCUAAAAUCCUUUUGUUUGGACUUCAUCUCACUAUUGUGCCACAGAAGGAUAUUUUGCUGUGUGCAUUUUUAGGGAAGUGGGUGUGAUGGGGUGUUUUGAGAGAUGUUAUUUCUCUUUUAAGUUACUAAGUAAUUGCUCACCUCGCAAUACCUUGAAUGUGAACACAAUUGUUUUCCCUCUGUGAUUUACUCACUGUGAGAGAAGUUAUUGCAAGAAGAAAAAAAAUAUUAAGGCCAUUUUUCACUAAAACGGAACUAGAAGUAGGCAGCACACUAGCCAAAAGCUCAGUAAAGCUUGAACGUUUACCUAUUCACACAUUUGAAAAUGAGCUUGUACUGUAAUGUGUUGCCUACCUUGCUAGUUUGGAAUGAAUCAUGUUACAAUGUCUCGCUUCUGGCUUAAUAAUUAAGGGGAACCUUGAAUUUGUGGAUUGCCUAUCAUGCCAAGCUAGUCUUUUGUGUUUACCCUCAGGAGUCCACUCUUAUCUCCAAUGGGAAGGAAAGAAUUAAAACGUCCACAGUUGAUUGAAAGAAGAACCCGGCUUAGUGAAACGUGCACUCAGUCUGUAUUCUUCUUCCUGGAAUGACCAAUCCUAGGCUACAGUACAUACUGGAGGUCACAGUACUGUUUAUGUACAGUAUAUGCAGUGUCAAAGUCUCUAUUGAUUGCAAAAAAAAAAAAAACAGGCGAAGGCAACUUCUACCCAAGGUCCUUUAAAAAAUGGCCACUUAGAUAUACUGAGCCUUCAUGUUCUCUCUAGCCACCUCUCUGUACCUAACAAUGCUGUGUUUGAAUGUGAAGCUUGCAUUGUUGGGUGUUCAAACUGCUAUGGCCAUUGCUUUGAUUUAGGGGGACAAACAGCCCAGUUGAAUUAGCCACAGACACAAGCUCAUGUGCUUGUCAUUAGUGCCUGUGCUGUGAGGAGAGAAGAACGUCAUUAAGAGCAGGAGGAGGCUCAGGUGAGACAGCAGUUUUGGUCAUCACUUCCAGCCUGACAAGGACUCAUUUAACACCAGAGUAGGGUAGCAUACCUCUUCUUCCACUCCCCACCUAUUUGUCUCACUCAGCCUCUCUCUUUCUUUCUUUCUUUCUUUCUUUCUUUCUUUCUCUCUGUCUGCCUGUCUUGCUCUCUUUCUCUCUGCCAUUCACUCACUCUGUCACUCUCUCCCUGUCAGUCUUGUUUCUCCCUCUCUGGAGUCUGUUUUGAGAUGGGACCCUUGGGUGCUGCCAUCAGGGAUUUUGUUCAAAUUUUUAUGAUGUGAAUGAAGCCGUAUUUGUAUUGAGUACAUUCAUAAUGCAGCAAGGCCAACUUUGUCUGACUGGGGGAAAAAAAAAUGAAAAAAAAACAUUACUCAUCCCACACCUUCCCCCAACCAAUAUCAAUUUGUUAGACUUUUUUCCCACAGUUGUAUUUCACAGUUGCAUUAUGAAUGAAAUGUAAGUGUGUCUUGGAUGCAGGAGGAAUGGGAGGUUUCAGUGAAGGAAUGCAUCAGUGGUCUGAGAUGCCAACCAUGUUGUGAUAGGAUCUGAUAUCUUAAUACACAAUUGGAGAAGAGAAGUCAGACACUGAAACAAAAGGGAUCUUGCUUUUCCGUCAAGGGCAAAGGAAACAAAAUUGCCUUUUGUCUGACCGAAGGUUUCACUGGACUGUAAAUAUGGAUAGAUUUGGAUUCAUAUCACUCAUGUUGAUGGGCACCACUACCCAUGGAUUAGGAAGUGGCCAGGGGGUCCUGAAAAUGUCGGACCAUUGUAGUUCUACUGUGCUUCUUAUGCAAGAGGUUAACAACUUAUUCAGAUUAUAAUAUGUUGUUUUUAUUGCAUAAUCAAGAGUCCCCUUAGUAAUUUGUACUGCUGCAUAAUUUCAUGGAGAUGCUGGCUCGGAGCAUUUUGGAUGUUGUCAAAAGACAUAGAAGUCCUUGUACGGCAAACCAUUACUGUCUUAAUAUGUGUCAGUCUGUUCAUUCACAGUACUAUUAAGUCUUAGCCAGUGUAUUAAGUUUAUUGAAUGCUAAGGUGAUUGAACAUUCAAUCUCCCACUUGUCAAAAAACAUGUCUGGCCCAUAAAUAAGAUACUCUAUGAACUCUAAUGGAUGCUGGUGAGAUAGGGUUGUAAUUUAACUGUUGGACUCCUCAUUGCACUUGACAGUACUUAGUUAAGGUCUGUGAUCUAACAUUGUGCUGUUUUUUUUAUUUUUAUUGUUUCAUUUUAUAGUGUCACUGUAACUAAAAUAAACACUUACCGCUGACUCUGA